AUGCUAGCCACGUGCCUACCAAGGCGUCUCCACGGCACACCCGGCUCACCUGCUGACUCGUUUGCCAGACGAAUCGAGGGUCUUGAGGGCUCAACUUUGGCUUUUCGUGCAAAGGGUCCAGUUGCAGUUAACACGCACACAAUGAGGGCCAAGCGACCGGAGGAGUUUGAUCGCCCAAAAACACCAUUCAGAGAUGUGGCCCGCUCCCACCUCUAUCAUUACUCCCGGGAUCUUGGAAUUCCGGAUGAGGUUCCACGGAUUUUUCUCGCGGAGCUUCGUAAUGUUUACCCCGAGGGAUUCGUCCGUCGCCCUGUGUGGCGGGACAUUAACGUAUACAGACAACCGGGUUCCAUUAAAGACCUCACUUUGAAGGCCUUCCCUGGCCAUAAAUUCUUUAUUUGUGCUAUUAAAUAUAUCGAAUUUUUCAAACAAGCUGAUAUUCACUUUAGCGACCAAGUUCUGGAAAUUUCCAGUACUUGGCUUCCCGAGCACAGAAAACCGCAAAUAACAAGCCAUGCAGAGAGCCUUGACUACUUUUGUCUCAGAAUCCUUCCUUCGCCUUAUUUGUGCAAACUAGAGCUUCGAGUGUACAACUGUGCGGUUAUAGACGAGUUCGCCAUUAGAAAAAGGACCCUUGAGAAUAUGAGAAGCCAUCGGGACCUUGGCUUCACCAUUCAUCAGGGCUGCAUAACUCAUGUCGAUCAAUUUUCACCCGCUCAAGUAUGUGGGUUCAAGCCAGAUUAUCAAAUCGUCGAAGUAAACGGACAGUCAGUCGUUAGUUAUGUCGAUUCACUUAUUGUGCGACUAAUAAGAAAUGCUCUGGGUCGAAACGUGGGGAGACGUGUGGAGGUGGCAGUUAUCCCCAAAAGAGUUUACGAUGUUCUGAUGGAUCCCCGGAAAGGCAAACACUACAAUGUUAUUUCAAACGCAGGCUUUAAUCUUGAAUUCUGGACUGCGCAUAAAGUCUUCGGAGUUUGGUGA